UGUAAACGUAGCUUUAGUCGUUUUUGUAUAGAAAAACUGUUCAACUAUGUAUUAAACAUAGAUAUGUGCAAUGAUAUACCACGGCCUGCCCGAAGAGAGAACACAACUGAGAAAGAAAUUUGGCAAACUUUAUGGUGAAGACCCACUGAAAUCGUUCCCAGUUGCCAUCACGUCAUAUGACAUAAUAUUGAGAGAUCGAAAAUACUUGAUGAAAUACAAAUGGAAAUAUCUCAUUGUCGACGAAGGCCAUAGAAUUAAAAAUUUAAACUGUAAAUUGAUACGGUAAGUGCUAAAAGUGUUUGUAUAACCUAUAAAUGUAACACAGAGUUCCUGAAUAGCAGGUGUAGAGGCCUGAGCAGAGCAGGAAAUAUUUUAAUAUCUUGAUCUUAAUUUCUUCAAAAGUGUCCACGUUAGUCCGCCUAGAACUAAAAUGGAGGCUGCAUGGAUUUCUAUUCUUCUCUGGGAAAUGGGAUUUAGGGCAGUGGUAUAUGAUGGGAUUUGAACUAGCAAUUUUGCUGCCGGCAAUAUAAUUUGGCAUCUUAAUGGGUCGCGGACUGGGAUUGGGUUGGGGGAAAUUUUGGAUUGGAAAAUUGGAUUGAAACCACCCCCACCCCCCUUAUAUUACUACACCACCUAUAAAGUAUAUUGGUUUUAAUGCUUUUAGAUCUAUAUAAACAUAUUUUUGCAGUGAAUUGAAAGCUUUACCAGCGGCAAAUCGUUUAUUGUUGACUGGAACGCCGCUGCAGAACAAUUUGUCUGAACUGUGGUCGCUGCUAAAUUUCUUAUUACCAGACAUAUUCAACGAUUUAAACAGGUGAGGUCGGAUGCGUUGUUUGCUACACUACAUUAUCGUUUUACAGAUGGUAUGAUGAUAGCCCUGCAUUGUACUUGUCUACGCUGAAGCCAAUUUCAUGCAAGUAACUUCUCACAGUCCCGAACAUAAUUUUUUAUUGUUUUGUGACUGUAUUAAAUGGUCACUGGUAAGAGAAAAGAUGGAAUUCGGAAUUGCGAAAAUUUGCACAAUUUAAUUAUGGACGUCAAAAGCUUUGCUAGCCGUGUCAAGGGUGAUUGAAUACUCCAAACUUAGCGCGCCGCCAGGGCUAAAAAUAACGGCUGGUCAACGGACAAUGACCGAUGUCACAGGAAAUUCCCCCCCCCCCCGAAAAUUUGUCCCCCCCCCUAUUUCCUAGGAAAUUUGGCCCCCUCUAAAAAAUAUAGUUUACUUUAUCUUUUAGCUCGGAAAUCGUGAAGCUUCUACUACAAGCAAAUUUCUAGAAAUUUUUCUCAACAUUUAUAGUUAGUUUGCGUAAUGUUUUUGUGUUAAAACAAAAUUCUGCAAUGAAUUGCAAUACUGACGAGAAUUAGGCCAAGAGAAUUGCUUACAACACUGACGGAUUUUAUGUAGCUGUAUGUAACCUAUGUAGUUUUUUUUGCCUGUUUGCGGAAACAACAUCCAAACCUUGUGCUUUUGUGUUUGCGGAAUGUUUUGUUAGUCAUUCAAACCUUUGUGCUUUUCUGUGUGCGGAAUGUUUUUUGUGAGCCAUGAAGCAUACAGUCUACUUCCGUUUUUACGGAAUGCUUCUGUAAUGCAUCCCAAUCAUAUGAGCGAUUAUUUAUAUAUACUGUGUAUAUGUAAGUAAAAUGUAUAGGAAAAGUUUUUUUUACGAAAUAGCCACUCAUUUGAUUUUGUUUUUCGAACAAACGUUCCCACUUAAAAGUCUACUUUUACCCCAAUGCUAAUUACUUCCUGUUAUUUACUAGACGCGUGCAUAUUAACAUAUUCGCCAACGCAUGAUGUCAUCGUUUGCUAAGGUGCAGUUGUUAUUCUGACUAAUUUUAUAUUAUGUGACUGUAUUUUAUAGAUCCAAAUAACUUGUAAUAUCUUAGAAAUUCCUAUCUCUGAAAAUCGUUUCGUGUCCUUAGCUUAAAGCUAAGCCAUUAUGCAUUAACGUUGUCCUCCACAGAUACACAUGUGUGAUAUGUGUCUGGCAUGACUGCACUAGCACAUUAUUAUUAUUACGCUUUCCUUUAAACUUUAGUUCUUGGCCGCAAUGAAGAAUUUUGACACAAAUAAAUUAUGCAAACCAACUAUAGAUACUGACAAACACUUUUAGGAUCUUGGUUUUAGAAGAAGCUUCACGAUUUCCAAGCUUACAGCGAUAAAGUAAACCAUGUUUUCGAGGGGGGCAAAUUUCCGAAGGAGGGGCCAUAUUUCCUAGGAAAUAUGGCCCCCAGGGGGGCCAAAGUUUGGGGGGGGGGGGAAUUUCCUGGGACACCGGCCAAAAAUGCCUCCUGACCGGUUACUUUUUUACCUCACCACUGUCAUUUUGACCGGCCACAUUUUCAUGCCUUCAAUGUGAUUGCGGACGCCUUGAAUUAAACUGACAUGAAACUAUGAUGUAUCGGAACGUUUACAAUACUCUUAGUGUUAGUGUAUCAAUGACCGAUCAAAAACACACUUUGACCGAGCUAAAAUCAAGUCAACCGGUCAUUUUGACCGGAGACUUAUCUCCCGUUAUUUUGAGCCCUGUGCCGCAACGGCUGAACUUAGCACGGCUCUGUCAUUUUGUAUUUGUUGUUAUGUUCGGUUCUCUUGUUUUUAUUAACCUGGACCUGCAUUAGGCUGUCACCUAUUUUAGCCGUCAUUGCGAAAUCCCCGAAGGUGACCGUUUAAUACAGGUUCGACUGGUCCAAAUCGGAUUUAAGAGUUAACUGCAAUUGAACUACAAAACGCGGGUAUAUCAUACUGAACUCAACAACCUUGUAGCAAGUUGUCAACAAGCCGUUGACAACUAGUCAACAAGCUGGGAACAAGCAGUGCGAACACACCCUGUUGACCAGUUGUUGGAACAGCAUUGCUACAAGUCUGCUGCAGGUUUGUUACAACUUGUGCGUUUUUACGCGUGUAGCCCAACGUUAUCUCGUAACCUUCUGCGGUCGAUGCGUGUGGAUGAGGAUCGUGAUAUUUUGUUCCAUAAUUCAGUUUUCCUUUUCAGUAAUGAAUUAGGCAUACGUAUAUACUUUAACUACAUAGGUUUGUUAUAGCUUUCAGGCAUGGUUUGACUUCAGUGCUAUCUCAGAAAGUGAUGGGAAUGAAAAAAUCAUUGCACAGGAGCGUGAACAUCACGUGUUAGAACGCCUGCAUUCGGUAAGUCAUUUACGUUAUCCAAUCCAUGUGAUUACGUUCCUACCUGAGACCGGGAUUAAGUCAGGCAGGGCAAAUUCGUAUUUUUCCUCACUGGAUAGCAUUGUGCUUCUCUCAUGAAUAUAUUAAGUUAAUAAGUCGCGAGAAUAACUCGUGCGUUUAAAUAUGGAUUUUAUAACAAACAUACUACCAGCUAUACCCGAGGUGCGUCCAAUCCCGGACUCACCGAACCUGCAAGUAUGUUUGGUUUUUAUCACAUGCCAUUUCGGUAAAAAGUAUUGAAGAAUUUACGCAUUUUAGUAUAUAAUUUCUUGUUAUAAUAACGAACAUUUUAGCCGCCAACAUACUACGCAAACAAACAAACUUAGGCUUAACUUGAAGCUAAAAAAAUUAUCUAUAUAGUAUUCCCUUACUCUUGAAAAGAGAAAAUGCACACAUUCUGCGAAAACGUUGCCAAGAUUUAUAUAAACCUGCCCGUGCCGAACAAAUUCCGGCGGCCAUCUUCUCUUCCACUUUGAAUACAGAAUAAUCCAUUUUCAUCAAACAAAAUAAAAAAUAAUAAUUAAAAACAGUUAAUUUAUUUUUUAUUUAAAUCUUCGUCUGAAAUUUGUUAAAUCGCUUCAUAAUGGCCGCCGCCGAAACAUCGAUCUCGAACCCCCCUCCUAAACAUACGUCAGCAGGUGGGUUCGAGAUUGAACGCACCUCCUCAUACCUAGCGUAUUAGGCUUUCCUAUUGGCUAUAUGAGAUAACAACUUGUGCUCUCCCCAGCUGACUCGAUAGCUCAAUUUGGUAGAGCGUCAGCCCGGUUCGCUCAAUAGGCGAGUUCAAAUUCCGUUUGAGUCAACUUUAUGUUGACAAUGCAGUGCUGGGUUUUCUCACUGGAUAGUACAUUCAGCGCCAUCAGUAUAAAUGCUUGUGGAAUGUACCUCAUAAUUGCUAUAGAAGCUGGUAGCGAUGUCUUUCAACGAGUAAUGAUGCAGGAUCUGGCUUGACCUCGCUCUAUGAUUAUGAUUGCAGUCGGCUUUUCCUCAAUAUCAAGCUUUAUCCAUCUCCUGGGCAAAUUGGAAUAUAAAUUAGAAUGUAAUAGCCCAAUGGUUGACCAGUCGUUUUCUCGACGUGAGCAUAAAGUUUGAGGCAGCACUUUACUUGCGAUAGUAUAACUCGUCGUCUAAAUUUGCUGCAUGUUCUACGAAUCCUUUAGAUUCUCACUCCUUUCCUGUUACGACGCCUGAAAUGUGAUGUAAGUCUUGACAUACCACCCAAGAAGGAAGUGUUCGUUUAUGCACCUCUAACGCAGAAACAAAAAGACUGGUAUCAACUGGCUCUGGAUAAAAUCCGUCUUUUUAGCACACUAAAGGUAAGAACAUCCAAUAUUUGGAAAGUGAAUUUUCUUCACAAUGGAAUUAUGAAAUGGCAUUUAAAUUUCGUUACGUACCAAUCACUAAUAUCAGUCGACUUAAUUACAUACUCACCAACGUUAUACAAUAAUGUGAAUGUCGAUAUUUUGCUGUUAUCGAUGCUUGUGAAUCAUUAUAUUUUGCUUCUGUUGGGUUCACGAGCUUGGCUGAAGAGCCCCUGGAAAAUCUAGAAAGUACUUCAACAUUACGAACCACGAUCUUUCAUCUAGUCGUAGCCGGCGGAGUUUUGGCCGUAUUUGGGGGCAGAGCUUACGAGGUGAAGCUAGAAAUACGGUCAGCCAGCUAUUUUGUAUUUUUGCGUUGUCUGAGCAACGCAAAAUUCCCAUUGGCGGAGAGCCACUUUGAUUGACAGGUAGUGCAACAUUGAUAUUAGCAACGCCUAUAAAACGCCCAUUCUUAAUUACUCGCUAUUUUUACCUCGCAUUGUGAUUGGUUCGCUUAAAUAAACAACUGUGGGCGUAUUACAGAAUAGUAAAGUAUUUUGGCUGGCCGUAUUUCUAGCUUCAUCCCGUAAGCUCUGCGGCCAAAGCUCCGCUGGCUAAUCUAGUCGUUUUUCGUGUCCAUUUCGAACAAAGUUGACAAUACGUAUUCCCGUCCGCCGACGUGACGCGGUUCUCGGUUUCGUCUUUCUAAAUGCAAACAACACAAGGACUACGCGUAGUUGGGUUUAUUAUUUUCAUUUCAUUAGGAUGAGAAGGAAAUUGUACCGUCCUUCACGCCCACUGGCCGCGCCCGUCGUGGUUGUUCCAGUAAUUUGAAUUACGGUAUCUUUGAUGACGACAAUUUGGACUACGAAGACUUGAUCGAAAUAUUGACCGACGAUGAUGAGAGGUAAUGUUAGUUCUCUAAUUUUUCUAACAAAAAACCUGAAUUAUAAAACAGUAAUUGACGAUAAUUGUCGAAUUGUAGGACAUGGCAUAACCACGAUGACAUAGUUAACAUUUGUUUCUCGUUAUGAUGCAUUUAACGUAUUUUAUAGAUCAGUUUAGGUAUUUCAAUUAUUUCCUGUUUCUUCAGAAAGUACACAUUGUUUUCGUGAUGUAGUUGUGGAAUUAUAAGUUUUCUUAAUUAAUUAAUUUUAUAAGGAAGAUGCAUUGGCUAGCAACGACAUUAUUACUAUAUUUGGGCGAGUAUAUAUCAUCUACAUGAUAAAGAAGACAGAAGGGUCUGCAGGAAAGAAAUCGUACUGGCAAUUGCAUGGAACUGACAAUUUUGUAUUUCGCCGAAAUGUAGUCUGGAAAGAGGAAAAUUUACCAUUUAAGGCGAAAUUUUUUGCAAAACAAUUACACGUUUUAUUCAAUUUUAAAAAUACUGGUGAUUUUUUUUAAAGUUGGCUAAAUAAUUAUUUGCACUAAUCGAAGGUAGCAACUGACAAUCACAAUUUUUUUAAGAAAAAGAGAAGCUCGGCAAACAAUAUCCACUCCAAUGAUCUGUGAAAGAAACGUCAAAGUCCUCAACAUUGUAAUGAUUUUGCGAAAAGCGUGCAUGCAUCCAUAUUUGCUGGAGUACCCGUUGGACCUUGAAACUCAAGACUAUCGUAUUGAUGAAGAAGUAAUUACCUGUUCUGGUAAAACCUUAAUACUGGAUCAAAUGUUGCCUGAGUUGAAAAGAAGGGGACACAAGGUAACGUUACAACUAUUUAUUGCGUAACCACGUGUAUGAUGUUGAUACUGUAGAUUUUAGCGCUGAAAAGAUUAGCAGGCUAUCUUUUCAGCGCACAAAAGGUAACUGUUGUCCUUGUGCGCUGUAUACACUAGCUGCUAAUUACAUAAACUACGACUAUUUAGUUUAUUUCCAGACAAAAAAUUAAGGUUAUUAAGGUGCAUUUGCCCCAUCUUUUUAUUGCAAAAAAGAAAGUAUCCCUCAAAUAAUUAUAAAAAUAUUAUAGUCGUCUCAGGCUCGGUGAUUGCAAGCCUAUAGUCACUGAGCCCUUCAAAAAAGAACGUAGAUCUAUAGAAUAUAAAAAUUUAAAAUUGUCGACGAAACCUGGUUAAGUUUUAUAGUUUGUAGUGUGCUUGAGAAACAACACGAAAUAUACCUGGAAAAGCAUUGGUUCCACUGAGUUUCGAAAACAUGUUGACGCAAAACAAAAACGAAAACUUUGGUGAGAAAAGAAUUUGGAAGCGCUCAAAUGAAUCAGUUUUAAAAAAUACAUCGCAACAAAGUUUUUGCCGAACAUAACAGUAUAGUUACAAAUUUACUAAAACAAAGAGUUUAGAACUGAACUGUAAAGUUUACACGUUCAGAAAAAGUUAUUGUAAUUUGUUUUUAAAUCUAGCAGCUUGCGAGUUGCGAAGAAGCCGUUUUGAAAAGUGAUAGCCGCCAUGCACUGGGCAGUCAGUAUCUAUCACGUUUUGGGCGCUUAAUUUCAACCAAUCACAAUGAAGAAAAUUCAAUAAAAAUCAAUUUCUACUAAAGGAGAAUCACCGAACAGUGCGAAAUUAAGAUGGUGUUUUAAAUCACGUUAAUCGCGAGAGAAAGACCUGCCACUCAAAGUUUUACGAAGCUAAAGUCAAAGAAUUGAAAGAGAGUGACCCAGCAAAGUGGUGGAAGGAAAUAAAGAAACUUAGUGGAAUGACGGAACAAUUCACAACCCCCGAAGAUAUUAUAUCCGAACUACAUAAUGUGGAAUUUAGAUCGACUAAUUCGACGUCUUGUGACCCCGACCCUCACCAACUCGCCAACUUGAUAAAUGAAGCAUUUCUGGCACCGACGAAAGACUUCAAUCCCCCCUACCUCCAAAUAGUCCGCAACGAAAUGUCGACGAAGAUGCAACAAAUUUCCAAGUUACCGAAUUUCAGGUCUUUAAAAGCUUAUCAACCUUGAACUCAAGUAAAUCCAUGGGACCAGAUGGCAUCCCUGGUUGGGUCCUUAAAGAAAACGCGGAUAUAUUAGCACAAUCCAUUGCGGACAUUAUAAAUAAAUCAUACAGCGAGACCCAUCUCCCAUUACCCUGGAAGUCCGCAGAUGUUGUACCAAUCCCGAAGGAAAAAUCAGUGCGUGACGUAAACCGUCAUCUGCGACCCAUUUCCCUAACCCCGAUUAUGUCGAAAGUCGCCGAGGACUAUGUUGUGGACUGUUUUGUCAAACCAACUGUACUUAAAAAAGUAGAUCCCAAUCAUUACGGAACGAUUCCUAAUUCAAGCACCGUCCAUGCCCUCGUAAGCAUGCUUCAUUCUUGGAGCGGAUCAACAGACGGAAACGGCGGAUCAACUAGAGUGAUGGUGUUUGAGAGUCGGGCCUUUUAGAGUCAGGCCUUCGACCGGAUUGACCAUCACUUGUUACUACAGAAGAUUUUUUGACCUGCAGAAAACAGCGGGUCAAACUGAACUAUGAUUGUUAUUCUGAAUGGGAACCAGUUACAGCAGGUGUCCCCCAAGGAACAAAACUUGGCCCAUGGCUAUUCACAAUAAUGAUUAACGACUUAGUGAUUCCCACAUCUGAUAUGUGGAAGUUUGUCCACGAUUCAACUUUAUCGGAAGCAAUCAAAAAAGGAGAUACAAGUUACAUUCAAAAUGAAGUUGAUCAAUUCACUAUCCAAGCAAAAGGUAAUAAAUUCCAACUAAAUGAGAGAAAGUGCAAAGAACUACGUAUUGGAUUUAAUCGGAAUACACCGCAAUUCGACCCUAUCCUAAUUAAUAACAACCCUGUCGAAGUCGCUCCUUGGUCUCUAUGUCUCCAAUAACCUGAAGUGGAACAAUCAUAUUCAUGAAAUCAUCAAAAAAGCGCGGAAAAGACUGUUCUUCCUAAGCCAAUUAAAAAAAUCUAAUAUUGGCAUCACGGAACUAAUUUUAUACUGCUUGCAUCCGACCUAUUUUGGAGUAUGCAUCCCCAGUCUUCCACGACAGUCCAACCGCCUAUCUAUCAAACGGUCUCGAAAUGAUACAAAAAAGAGCUCUGAGGAUAAUAUUCCCUUGGGUCCCAUAUGAUAAGGCACUUAGUGUUGCCGGUCUUCAGCAAUUAAGUACACGAAGACAAAGAUUUACUGACAAACUUUUCCAUGAAAUAGAAUCUAAUGAUAGCCAUAGAUUGCAUAACUUACUACCUCCUCGUAAUUUGAACCAUUUUAGUCUAAGAACAAUACACAAAUUUAAUGUUAACUUCCAGACAGAACGACAUAUAGGAAAACUUUUAUUGUACGUAAUUCAUUAAAAUUUUAACAUAUGAUAAAAUUUAAAGUAUUUCUUAGUCUAUAGUACACCAUGUAAUAGCGAUUGAGGCUUAUUUUUGUAAUAGUUAACACAAUUCAGCCCUUGGGCUGCAAAGUUAAUUUUAAUAAAACUAUCUAUCUAUCUAGACCCACCCAAAUAAUAGAGCCCCCUAAGUUACUUUUGCGAGAACUCUCGUUUUUGAAGCAUUGUAUUUUUCGUUUUGUAUAGAUUCUGCUAUUUAGUCAAAUGACGAAGUUACUGAAUAUUUUAGAAGACCUUUGCUACAUACGCAAUUACAAAUAUUCACGAAUUGAUGGCUCAAUGAAAUUCGAAGACCGACAGACACAAGUAAGUAACUAUAUAAUAGCCGUAUACACUUAGCAAUUCUUGUUGCGCUUUCUACGGCGGGCUUUUUAAUGCAGUCCAAUGUUAGCACUCGGCGAAUUUACUGCAACUUUGGUGCGACCAUAGUGCAAGUUGCAGUGAUUUACUCAUUUUCAGUGAUUUUACUAAUUUACACCAUUGAUCAAGAAUUUUCGCGUGUUUUUUGUUUUAUUUUAUACUUUGACCUUUUUUUUAACAAAAUAAGGCACUUUUAAAAACUUUAGUAAGUUUAAAGUGUUCCCUAUUAUAUACUUGAGUCACCUAUAUACUAGAAAAUACAUGCAUGCAGAAACCCUCGCCUUGCUAACAAAACCGUUGUAUUUUCCGAACAUGAAGUAUCUAAAGUAGUUGUUAUGGUAACACGAUAAUUUUUUAAGAAUAUUCUUACAAAUGAAAAUCGCCUAAAAAUAUCACUUUUAAUUACAAAAUUAUCAAUUUCUCAACAUAUAUAUAUAUGUUAGGUAUGUAAUUAUACGUAAUACAAGCUUCAAUUUAAGGUAAAAUUCAACAACAAACAAUUCACAAAACGUUUUAAAAGUGUUCUUUAUAAAACUAAACUGCCUUUAACUAUUAAAUGGCUUUAUCGAUAAACUUUGAGUUUGCAAUAAAAUGAUUUCAAAUUCUUGCUGCAAGUAACUUUGCUUUAUUUUUUAUUUAAAAAAUUCAAUAUAAUAAAAAAGGGAAUCAAUAUUAAAGAUACACUGAAAUUAUAUGCUCUCUUGUAUGUCUUGUUUAGUUGUUUGAUAUACGCAAAAGCCGUCGGGUUUUAAAGCCAUUAUAAAAUCAAUAUUUAAAACAAACUUACCUUCGUUAACGUCAGCUCCGUUCUUUUAGCUGAUCCUUUGGCCCUUUCAUUCUUGAAAUUUACAAAAUCUUGCAGAAAUACGAGCAAAAAUGAAGAAUAUUUGCAAGAAAUUUGACAAAUUUAUCAAUCAUCAACUCAUCAAAUCAAGAAAUGUUUGCUAUUUCGCUGUCGUCAUGCGCAUGCAGUCGUUAUAAUGCAAACUUUAAAUUGGACCAAUCAGUGUCCGUUAUUCAUGACAGUUCGCCAUAUUUUUGAGAUCAGUGAGGAUGACCACCCAUCGUUGGUGACCGACGCCCGCGCUCAUUGAUGAACUUUAGACUUCCCUAAUGCUUUCGUUUCCCCGGGUGUAUAUAGCCGGGGGGAAUUAGUACCCUCGCACGGCGCUUCGCGCCGCCGGCUCGGGGAUAAUAUUGUUUUGGGGUCUUUAUAGCCUUUUCUUAACCUCAAAAACUUUGCCGACUAUAUCUCGGUUUAGAUAUUUGUAGUUCUCCUCAUUAUUAUUCAGCAUAUCAGGAAAUAAUGUUGGAUCCUGGCAUCUAUAGGAUUCCCGAAAAUCUUCAGACCAGGCUAUAUAUUUCUCAAUUUCACUGUCAAAAAAAUGAAUAAUUCACUACCUCAAGUUGGUCUGCCAUUUUUUAGCGACAAAAACCCAGCAAAUUAAAGGCGCUGUUACACUAUGCCACUUAUCUUGCAACUUGUGUCGCAAUUUUGUUGCGACACAAGUCGCACGCAAAAUUGCAAUGUGUAACAUACAUCGUAAUCACCAAGUCAACAUUUUUGUUGCAGCAAGUGUUGCGAAAAGUAGAACCUGAUUCUACUUCGUGCAACGCUUGCUGCAACAAAAUUGCGAGACAAGUUGCAUAGUGUAACAGCCCCUUAACUGAACCUCGUGGAGACCGUAAAAUAUACCACAAUUCAUUGCGUUGAGAAGAUUUGGUAACCAGGUCUGUUCGCCAAAUAUAGUCAAAUGUAUCAUCAAAUUAAUGUACCCUAUCUCAAAAGAGAAAAGAUGUGUAGUACAUUGCACUGUAAUUAUUUCACUUGCAUAGCAAAUUUAAUUAUCAAUUUAAUAUAAAAUAGCAAUUCAUUCGAUCGAUAUACCUAAAUACGAAGUUAAAUAGGAAUUUCAACAGAUACCACGAUACUGAUUUUGAGAAAAUUUAGUUUGCUUGAUUUCCGAAAAACAUCUUCCUAUGCAAGUGUAACAGAUUUAAUAAUUGUUUUUGUUUGUGGAAACACCACGUAAAUUUAUUACUGCAAAUUUAUUUACGUGGUGUUUCCACAAACAAAAACAAUUAUAUUUUAUCGCCAUGCAAACAUUCAAAGAACUUAUUGUAACAGAUUUGUAAAAGACUGCGUGCUGGUUUUUAAGAAUGGUGGAGAGACUAGACCUUUCAAAUUAAGACAAAAUAGGUAGCCAUAAAUAAUCAUAUAUAUCUAUGUUAGGGUUUUACUAGGAUUUAUUUUAUGCCAAGCAUAUAUAAUGUGAAUGUCUAUUGAUGGUUUUGUUGUGCAUAUGGGUGCUCGUGUCAUUUCUGUUUUUCUCUUGAAGUGUAUCGUCUAGUGUACCGACAACGUGUUUGUGUAUGUUGCAGAUUGAAGAUUUUAAUUCGGAUCCUGAAAUCUUCAUAUUUCUGUUGUCUACACGAGCUGGGGGACUGGGAUUAAAUUUAACUGCUGCAGAUACAGUUAUCAUAUAUGAUAGUGAUUGGGUAAGUCGUUAAAUUUGCUCAUGUUAGGAAAGUUAAGAUUUACCACCAACAGCAACACGACAGGAACGGCAAACUGGGUGUAUAUAUACGCUACAUUCAACAAUAGUGUCAGCAGUCACAUUAUUUUCACCUCCUGGUCUGUCCUGUCUUGGCCCGAAUUUUACAUAGUUCUAUAGGAGCAACCGACGUUCUAGUUCAUAUUGCUCAAACGUAUAGUAUUUAGCUUUCUGACCGUUUAGUAACAGUCGCUUGUUUGAAACUGAAAUCGAUUAACUAGCCAAAGCGACCAAGCUACGGGUUUCCUACCACUCUGAAUUUUUUCCCACCAUUUUGUCAAUACAAUACCUCGUUUUUUAAGUCUUCGUCUGCUUAUUAGCCGAAUUAAUUUAAGCAGUCAAUCAGCAAAGAUGUAUGUAUACUGAUGUGAAUGUUCUAACGAAGUGUCUUUGCGUCAAAGCCUCGGAUGGUUUCAACACACACACAAUUUAAAGGGGCACUGUCAUCAAAAUUUUUAUUUUCUUAAACGAAAAUGCUCUUAAAACUGUAUAGUAACUUGUUUUGAAGAUUUUUGUUCCCAUGCUUAGUUCAUGAGAUAUUUCAUUUUGUUUGUAACCAUGUGACGUCAUUUACUCAAUUACAUAUAUAAUUAGAUAUCAGUAAUUGUUGUGUAUCAGUAAUUAUUGCUUCCUGGAAAGCGUUUUUCUUCCUGGAAAGUGUUUUGCUUCGUAUAGGAAAAUUUAUUUUCGUAAUAAUAAUCCCAAGUGUAGGCUAACAGUGAAAUAUUCGAGUAACAAUGUUCCAAAUGUGUCAACAGUAAUGCUUCCUAGAUUGGUCUGGACAUAAUGUAUCUUGUGACGCAAUGGCCCUGUCCGGUAAUUACGUCACGACUAACACUGUUUUCAACUUAGGACCACCUUAAAUGGACUGGAUUUUAAGUUUAUUUCUCACGGGCUACGGUCAGAGAAGCAGGACAUCCUUCGUCAACACAGCAUAAAAAUAAUUUUGGAUUUUGACCAAUAAAUGUGGAAAUAAAUGUAAACACGAAAAGGGACCAUGACCCAAGAGGGACCAUGGCCCCUCAGCCUCGUUUUCGUGUUUAAGCUUAUUUGCACAUUUAAUAGCCAAAAUCCAAAAUUCCUUUUAUUAAUGUGUUGACGAAGCAUGUUCUGCAUCUCUGACCAUAGCCCGUGAGAAACAAACUUGAAAUCUAUUUCAUUUAAGGUGGUCCUAAGUUGAAAACAGCGUAGUUGUGACGUAAUUACCGGAAAGGUCUAUUUGGUGUUUUCUAGAACCCACAACAAGAUUUACAAGCGCAAGAUAGAUGUCAUCGUAUUGGUCAAACUAAACCUGUUGUUGUCUAUCGUCUUAUCGCCGCCAAUACGGUUGAUCAGAGGAUUGUUGAAGUUGCUCAUGAGAAACGUAGGUUGGAGAAAAUGAUCAUACAUAAAGGUAAGUUUUAUUUUCUUGACCAGCCAAUUGUCCUUCCAAUUGUCCUUCCAGGGAGAAGUUCACUAACUAGACACCAAGGCAUAUUUUAAAGAUUUACAAGUGGGGGGCCAUAACUUGGAUGAAAGGCCGUUGAAGCCGACUCACGAAUAAGAUAAAAUGAAAGUGUCAAAAAGAAUUAGAGCAGUUUGCAGUUGUUUUUGCAAACCGGGCACCAUGCGAAUUUUGCCAUUUCACCCAUUUGUCGUGCUUCAUUUGCCAAAUCAAAAGAACGAAUGUGUGCUUCAGCCCGAUUUCCGGUUCUGAAAGGCCCGAUUCGCAGGUAAACAGUGCGCGCAAAGCAGGCUGGUUAUCAUUUUUUUAAAUCUUGAAGAAACGCUGAUUGACUGUUGUGCACUGAUUCCAGUACAACAGCCAAUCAGCGCUUCUUCAAGAUUUAAAAAAUAUGACAACAUCACAGGGUAGGUGACCCCAGCAUAGUUUUGACAAAAUUUGGGAAAAAAACCCACGAAAAUAUUGUGAAGGAUCAAGUCGAUGAAAGCACAAAACCUCCAAGGCAGAAGCUAAUUGAAUCCUGCCGUUCUCCCAAUCCAUGAGCUGUAUAUCAGGUGGACGUGUUUUUUUGUUUGGUUUUGCACUUCUGAUAAAAAUGAACAAGGCGUUUUGCUAUGAAACUGUGAUAUUUUUUGUUUUAAUCACUUUAAUUUUGUAGAAACACGCAAGUAUUUCUAAACGACUUUUUAAACCUUUAUUAAAAAUUGGUGUACAAUUUAGCAAUUUUCACAGUUGACAGUGUAUGUUUUUAAAGAAUUGCUUCGUGGGUAGUUUUUUUAGUCUAGUGAUAUUCGUAUCAUAUGUAAAAUUACUGUAUGUACUCGCAAUUGAUUUGGCACCCAAAACGAAGGGUUAUUCAAUGCUGGCAUGUUUUCCGUAUAAACGUUUCAGAAAUAGCUUUUUUUUUUAAAAAAAAAGCCCCGGUUAAUUUUUGUUUUGAUCGUGCGGUUGCGUUCAUGGAUAGUCCACUUACUGGUCCCGCGAACAUCCCGCAUGCUACUGUAGGGAGCCUCCGUAAACCAGAGUACAGUGUAGCUGUAGCGAAAACCAGUGGCAAAAACAUGAUUGUCUAAUACAUGAAUGAUUUUCCAACUUUUUCUUAAAGUUCACAUGCAGUAUAUAAGAACCCGCGCUAACAGGUGCAUGCAAUGUAUUUGUGAACAAAUUUUAAGUAUCUCGUUUAGUUUGUGCCACGGUCUUCCCUUCUGUACGAACAAAAUUAUCUGUUUUUUUAAUAGAAAAGUUUAAGGGAAGACUCAAUGAAAAGAAACUUACUGCGAAGGAAUUGAAGGAAUUAUUGCAAUCAACAGAUCACAUGGCUGCUAUCAAUUCUGACGAUAUCACUGGCACUUGGGUACUAUCUACUGAACAAUUAAACAAGUUAUUAGACCGAAGUGAUAUGCUUCCAGGUGGUGCAACUGUUGCUGAAAACUCGGACGAAGACAAUCAACUGUUUAAAGUUGUUACACGUGAUGAAAUAAUGAACAUUCCAUAAAAAAUACUUUGAUCAAAAUUAGAUUUUUAUUUUCUUAUUUUUGCCGUGCAAUGAAGAUCAUUUCGGCAUAUGCAUGACGUCGUAUAACUACAACUACCAGAAUUAAAUACAAUAUACAAUUAAAUA